AUGGCAAAUCGACCCCGUCGGCCAGUGAGCCGCAAGCCAGUUGGUUCUGGCGAGUCGCCCGGGCUUGGAUCCGGCGAUUUUUCGACUACCCUGGACCCUUCUUCGACGCUGCCCUCUCCGUAUGCUAACGCGUACCGUGCACGGCUCAACCAGGACGUUUUCUCGACCCCCUCUCCUCCGCCUCCGCAGCCGCCGAAAUCGUCGUUCCAGGAGUACACUGGCGAGCAAUUUUUUGAGACUCUGCAGUCUCUUCCGACGCAGGCGUCGGGACAAGACUUUCGCCAGACCUCAGCGCUUAUUGGGCAGCCGCGUAGGUCGGUUGUGGAGGAGCCACUUCAUUUCGCUGAUCACACACAGCCCCAGCAGUCUGCAGCCGGUUCUGCAGAGGAGCUUGAGAAAAUGUACAAUAACUUUCAUUUUUCAGAGUCGUCGUUCGAGCCCCCAGAGGAGCAGCUGGAUCCCGUCCCCUCUGGUCAUCAGCGAAUGCCCUCGGGUGAAGUGUACCCUCUGAACGUCAAUACCCGCGAGGCAUUCGACAUAUACGACCACUACGGCAAUGAUGACGACAGUACUGGCGCUGCUGAUGACAUGGACGAUUUUGUCGACGCAACCGUCGAGAUUGAGCAGGCCACAGCGAUUCGGGUGAUGUCCCCCGGAAUCACCCAGAGCCCUGCCUCGUCAUCGGCUAGACUUCCGAGAGACGCAAGCUACCCCAAUACUCUAAACAGCAGAUUCUCCAGUCCUGGUCGCACCCACUCUCCGCAAUCUGCGUUGAGCCCCACCAGCACACCUCCAGUCAUGCCUGACACUCCUACAGAGCAGGUGCUUGAUGUCCCUGCACAACCCGCGGGCGACGAGAGCGUCGGCAGAGACGAGGUUUCUUUGGGCAUUGGCACUGGGUCUGCAUAUGUCAAGUAUCUGCGGAGCAGUGUUGGCAGCAGCUACACUAACAAGUCACCGGCUCGUCUUCCCAUUGGCGUUGGCUCUAAUAAACAGGCCGCCUACACGGUACCAAAAGAGUUCCUCCGGCGGGCCAUGAAUAUCCGUUAUGCUCAUCUUCAGCCGCGUAUGCUUGCGUCUGAGAUUGACGACGACGACGAUAGCGUGGCCGUGCCUGGGACCCCAACGUCUGCUACCCCUGUGCCACUGGUUGUACCUUCAAGUGAUUCUCGACGAUCCAGCUCAAGCACCUCGGUGGUUGAGGAGGUUGGCCGAAUCAAACUGUUUGUUGCCAACCCAGACAGUGAUGAUGAUUAG